AUGAAUCCAUUCGCAUUCGCAGUGUCAUUCGCAGCAUUCUGCACUGCACAAGAAGGACCUUCACUGAAUGGACCACCGCAACUACCACCAGGGAUCAUUUAUGAAGAUCUCCACCUAGUACCAGCAUUUGCCAAAGCCCAUGGUGUGGCAAUGGGCAUUGCGUUUGGUGUCAUCUUUCCCCUUGGUGCCAUUCUCCUGCGCGUGAUUCGAUCGAAGUACGGCCUGUAUGCUCAUAUUGGCUGUCAGUUAUUGGCGUAUGUUCUGAUGAUCGCUGGUCUGGCCACUGGGAUCCGGGUUGGAAAGAUCCUUGACAGGCUGCACAACAACGGCCAUACAAUCCUUGGCACCGUUAUCGUUGUUUUUCUCCUUAUUCAGCCGUUUAUUGGGCUUUGGCACCAUCAUCAAUUCAAAAAGACCCAGUCAGCCGGAAUAUGGACUCAUGCCCAUAUCUGGAUUGGGCGAAUCUUUCUGCUGCUGGGGCUCAUCAACGGCGGUACUGGCCUCAAACUGGCUGACAACACCACAGGAGGAAUCAUUUCUUAUGCAGUAGUUGCGGGGGUGUUUGGUGUGGCCUACGUCGCAAUUGCAGCUUUGCGUCAGGGCAAAGUGAUCUUGAAGGAAAAGGAGACGACGCCCGAAAUGGCGCAGACUUAG